CUAGCUUUCCUUUCUCCGAUUUGUUCUCUAUCCUUCGUCCGUCUCUCACGAAAAAAAUAUUGAAAAAGAGAGAGAAACUCCGAAGAACUUUGUAAAAAAACCUUCUUAAAUUUACUAAAAUCACUCCUAAUUGUUGAUUCUGGAACUCGCCUCAGAAGACGACGCCGUCUUCUCCUUCUUCUGUUUGAGUUUGCAUACUCCAGAUCAAAGUUUCUGAGCUCAAAUGGGAGAUAGUGAAGCAGUAGCUGCAGACUCAUCAGCAAUGAGGGAUUAUACUUUAGCUGCUUAUAAUUCUAUUGGUUCUGGUGCUUACUCCUCUGAGGUUACAGCAGAUCCUACUGCUUCUGGUGGUGACCCAAAUUCUGCUGGUGAACAAGGUCAAAUCAGUGUAAUAUAUGACAGUAAGCCUGCUGGUGGAUCAACAGAUGAGAAUGCUCUUGCAGUUGGAAAUACUGCAGCAGAUGAAUCAAAAGCUGCUGGUUCUAAUUAUCCUUUAAAUGGAAAUGCUGUUAGUGAAGCAGGAAAUGCAACAACAGUUGAGAAUGGAGGUGUUUUUGAUACUGUAGGUGGAGUUUCAUCUGUACCUGAGUUUGUGGAUGGAUCUGCACCAACUCUGUCUGGUGAAGAGGAACGUUUGUGGAGUAUUGUGAGAGCUAAUUCGUUGGAUUUUAAUGCUUGGACUACAUUGAUCGAGGAAACAGAGAAGCUUGCAGGGAACAAUAUCAUGAAAAUUCGAAAGGUUUAUGAUGCCUUCUUGGCCGAGUUUCCUUUGUGCUAUGGUUAUUGGAAAAAGUAUGCGGAUCAUGAAGCACGCAUAGGCUCCAUGGACAAAGUUGUAGAAGUCUAUGAAAGGGCAGUUCAGGGAGUGACAUAUUCUGUGGAUAUUUGGGUCCUAUAUUGUGCUUUUGCCGUUGAAACAUAUGGAGAUCAAGAAACCAUCCGAAGGCUUUUUGAACGAGGAUUAGCAUAUGUUGGAACUGAUUAUCAAUCUUUCCCUCUUUGGGAUAAAUACAUUGAAUAUGAAUACAUGCACCAGGAGUGGAGUCGUCUUGCUGCUAUUUAUACUAGAAUAUUAGAGAACCCUAAUCAACAGCUAGAUAGGUAUUUUAACAGCUUUAAAGAGUUGGCUGGAAGUCGACCUUUGUCAGAAUUAAGAACAGCCGAGGAAGCUGCUGCCAAUGUAUCAGGUGCAGUUUCAGAGGCUGAUGGACAAGUCAAUGAAGGAGAGGUUCAUCCUGAUGUUGCGGAGCAAACUCCAAAAACUGUAACUGCUGGCUCAACAGAAGCAGAAGAGUUGGAGAAGUCUGUUGCCAUUAGAGAAGAGCUAUAUCAGAAAGCCAAAGAGCUCGAUUCUAAGAUCAUUGGUUUUGAAACAGCUAUUAGAAGGCCAUACUUUCAUGUUCGGCCCCUCAAUGUUGCUGAGCUUGAAAACUGGCAUAACUACCUGGACUUUAUAGAAAGAGAGGGUGACUUCAAUAAGGUGGUCAAAUUAUAUGAAAGGUGCCUUAUAGCGUGUGCCAAUUAUCCUGAGUACUGGAUACGAUAUGUUUUAUGUAUGGAAGCCAGUGGAAGCAUGGAUCUUGCUAAUAAUGCCCUUUUGCGUGCUACACAAGUUUUUGUCAAGAGGCAACCAGAGAUCCAUCUUUUUGCGGCUCGAUUCAAGGAGCAGAAUGGGGACAUACAAGGUGCUCAAGCUGCAUAUCAACUCGUUCACAGUGAAAUAUCACCUGGUCUUCUUGAAGCAAUUAUCAAGCACGCAAAUAUGGAACACCGUCUGGGGAAAAUCGAAGAUGCCUUCUCUUUAUAUGAGCAAGCUAUUGCCAUUGAAAAAGGAAAAGAGCAUUCUCAAACAUUACCGAUGCUGUAUGCACAAUACUCUAGAUUUUCAUACUUGGUUUGUGGAAAUGCAAAGAAGGCUAGGGAAAUUUUAGCUGGGACACUUGAUAAUGUCCAACUGUCUAAACCGUUCCUUGAGGCCUUAAUACAUUUUGAAACAAUUUUGCCUCCACCAAGGCAGAUUGAUUAUUUAGAGUUAUUAGUUGACAAGUUUAUAGCCCCAAACUCAGAUGGCAGUGCUGCAGACAAGGAAGAUCUAUCUAGCAUAUUUUUGGAGUUCUUGAAUCUCUUUGGCGAUGUACAGUCUAUUAAAAAGGCAGAAGACCGGCAUGCUAAACUCUUUUUACCUCGUAGACCCAUGUCGGAAUUAAGAAAACGUCAUGCAGAAGAAUUUUUAUCUUCAGAUAAGACAAAGCUUGCGAAAUCUUACACGGGUGCCCCCUCACUUGGUCAGUCUUUGAUGGGUGCCUAUCCAAAUGCACAGAACCAGUGGCCAGGAGGUUAUGGCGCACAGCCUCAAACUUGGCCACCCACUACACAGGCUCAGACACAGACACAGCCUCAGGCACAAACUUGGAAUUCUGGCUACAGCCAACAGGCUGCAUAUGGUGCAUAUGGUAGUUAUGGUAGCAAUUAUGCAGCUCCACAAGCACCCACAGCAGUUCCACAAAUUGCAAGUUAUGGUGCUUACCCAGCUACUACAUAUCCGGUUCAGGGCUUUCCACAGCAAAGUUACGGUCAACCAACAGCUGCCACGAGUUUAAACCCAGCCCAGCAACCUCCUGCUGCUGCCGCAGCUCCUCAGGCUUAUUAUGGACCUCCUUAUUACUGAGAUGGCAAUAAAAUUGAGUAUCCGGUUUCAUUGCUGCCCCAUUUCUCUCUUUUGUUUUCUUAGUGUUCAUCGAUGAACAUUUUUGGGUGUUGGGUGGGGGGGUUAGAUUUUGAGUAUAGUUAUAUGUUAUAUAUAUUUGACGGAUAGUAAAUUGUGGUUUAGGUACUAUGGUGUACCCUUUUCCUCCAGUUUUAGAUUUUAUUUGUGAGACUCGUACAAAUGUUUUAGUAAUUUGUAAUGUGCGAUCUGUAAAUUGCUUUCGUUUCCUUUUUUGUGUGUUUUAAGAAAGAAU